AUGUCGAAGAUGAAGCAUCUCCUCCGCAAGCUCCACAUCGGAGGAAGCAGCGGCGGAUUCGGAGACCACCACCACCACAGGCUAGACGAUUCGUCGACUAGACCUACGAUCAUCGAUCCCAGCCCUAUCGCUAGCUCUAGCCCUAGCCCCGCCUCCACUUCCUCCGUCUCUUCUUCCGGAUUCGGUAACGCCUCCGCCGCAAUGCCGAGAUUGGAAACCUUUGAGCCGCCGGCGGGGCGUGACGUCGCGGCGGCGGCGGGGGAUGGUGUCGAUUUCAGUUUGAUGGAGGAGGAGUAUCAGGUUCAGUUGGCUAUGGCGAUCAGCGUUUCUGAUCCUGAUCCGAGAGAGAAUGCGGAUACGGCUCAGCUUGAUGCUGCUAAGAGGAUUAGCCUCGGCGUUUCGGCUCCCGUUACGGAUGCAGAUUCGGCCGUUGACUUUCUGUCGCUUCGGUAUUGGGGACAUAAGGUUAUUAACUAUGAUCAGAAAGUGAGGGAUGGUUUCUACGAUGUGUAUGGGAUUACGUCCAAUUCUCUUUCACAAGGGAAGAUGCCACUUCUCGUGGAUCUUCAAGCGAUUUCGAUUUCAGAUAAUGUUGAUUACGAGGUUAUUUUGGUUAAUCGAUUGAUUGAUCCUGAAUUGCAAGAGCUGGAGAGGAGGGCAUCCGCUUUGUCUUUGGAAUGUCCAGAGUUUGCUCGUGGUCAGGUGUCAAGUGAUUUAACUCAGAAAAUUGCAAAUAUAGUUGUAGAGCAGAUGGGUGGCCGCGUCGAAAAUGCUGACGAAGCGUUGAGGAGGUGGAUGCAUCGAAGCUAUGAGCUAAGGAAUUCUUUGAGCACUACUGUUAUUCCACUUGGACGAGUUAAUUUUGGUCUUGCACGUCACAGGGCUUUGCUUUUCAAGGUGCUUGCUGAUAGGAUUAAUCUCCCGUGUAUGCUGGUAAAAGGCAGCUAUUACACUGGAACUGAUGAUGGGGCUGUGAAUUUGAUUAAACUAGAUGACAAAUGUGAAUACAUUAUUGAUUUAAUGGGUGCUCCGGGUGCUCUAAUUCCUGCCGAGGUUCCAAGCAGUUUUCUUCCAGUUGCUUGCACCGAUACGAGAGUAUUUCCUGAUGAUCUGUUGCAACAUUCUUGCCCUGUACUUGACAAAGAAGCUGAAACGCCAGUAUUUUCAGUUCUCGAGGAAACAGAUUCCAGACCUUCUGGUAUGGUGGCAAAAUUAUUAACUGGAAACCAUGAAGAAAACAGUGACAGAUUUGCUGUUGAAAAACAUCAAACGGAGAGAUUUGAGCAUGACUUUGGAAAGCUAAUGCAAACACAGCAGAUAUCUGGUGAAAACUUGCCGCCAUUUUCUGGGAAACCGACAAGUGCACAGAAAGUAAAAGUUAAGAAUGUCUCGAAAUAUGUCAUAAGUGCGGCAAAGAACCCUGAAUUCGCGCAGAAAUUACAUGCUGUCUUGUUAGAAAGUGGUGCAUCACCUCCCCCAGAUUUGUUUAUGGAUGUGAAUCCACAGAACUUGAGGGAGAAGAGUUUGCUUCAAGAAUUUCGGCAAGAAAGUAGUAAUUCUGUGAAUUCUGCUGUUCCAUGCUACCCAGAAAAGGUCGGAGAUCAAUCAGCUGAACAAUUUAGAGAAUCUGAAAGGAGCGUCACAGCACUGCAACAACCAGCUGUUUCCACCUCAGCUGAGACUUACCAACAACCAAAAGAGGUAGAUUUUUUUAAGGAGAGAAACUUUGAUGUGGAUAAUAUGGGUAAAGUAUCUUCACCGGAAAAGAUGGAGAUCAGCACUGCUGAUGGGGAGCCCUCUGUUUGUGAUAGACAUGACCAAGGAAUUAAUCCAUUUCUCGGCGAGGCUGCAAAAUGGGAAAUCAUGUGGGAAGAUCUUCAGAUUGGCGAGCGGAUUGGUAUAGGUUCAUAUGGAGAAGUUUACCGUGCAGAGUGGAAUGGAACUGAAGUGGCUGUUAAGAAGUUUUUGGAUCAAGAUUUCUCUGGGGAUGCAUUGACACAGUUCAAAUCUGAAAUUGAAAUAAUGUUGAGGUUGCGGCAUCCAAACGUUGUUCUUUUCAUGGGAGCAGUUACUCGGCCUCCAAAUUUCUCCAUCCUGACAGAGUUCCUACCCAGGGGGAGUUUGUAUAGAUUACUCCAUCGACCAAAUCAUCAGCUUGAUGAGAAGAGACGAAUGCGGAUGGCACUUGAUGUGGGAACCGCAUUUACGGCCAUCGUUUACACAACUGAUGCGAAGUCUGAAGCGGCUACAGGGUCUAAAUAUAAGCAACAGAGGGAGCACAAGUGA